AUGGCUGCGUCUGGCUUGAACUAUGUUCGGAUCCCUAUUGGGUACUGGGCGGUAAUCAAGCUCGAUGGAGAGCCGUAUGUCGACGGUCAGCUGGAUUUGCUGGACAAGGCAAUCCAGUGGGCGCGAGAGACUGGAAUAAAGGUUAUGAUUGACCUCCAUGGAGCCCCGGGGUCUCAAAACGGAUUUGAUAACAGUGGACGUCGUGGUGACGUCAAAUGGGGUACUGGCGACACAAUAAACCAAACCCUCAGAGCCGUUCGUGGUCUUGCCGAACGCUACGCCAAAAUCACCGACGUUGUCACGUCCAUCGAGUUGCUCAACGAACCUGCACCCCAAAACGGAGUCAAUCUAGAUCAGCUCAGGCAGUUCUAUAGGGAUGGCUGGGGCACUGUCUGGGACAGCAAUCAGCAGAAUACGCUUGUCGUGCUUUCUGAUGCCUUCCAAGAUCCACUGUCCUGGAACGGCUUCAUGACUGCCGCCACCGGUAUGGUCAAUACCGUCUUGGAUACCCACCACUACCAGGUCUUCGACCCUGCGCUCGUCGCUUGGAAUAUCGAUCAGCAUGUCCAGGUGGCCUGCAACUUUGGAAAGGAGAAGGUCUCUAAAACGGACAGGCCCACCAUCAUCGGUGAAUGGUCCGGAGCCUUGACUGACUGCGCCAAGUAUCUGAACGGCCGCGGUAGGGGAGCACGAUAUGACGGGAGUUUCCCGGACUCGAAAUAUAUUGGAAGCUGUAAUGGAAAAUCUGUCGGGUCUGUGCAAGCUCUUCCUGAUCAGGAUAAGCAAAACAUUCGACGCUUCAUUGAGGCCCAGCUGGAUGCGGCUGAGAUGGGUGCUGGUUGGGUAUUCUGGACCUGGAAGACAGAGGGUGCGCCGGAGUGGGACAUGCAGCAGCUCAUGCAGCAAGGAGUAUUCCCGCAGCCAUUGACUGACAGGAGAUUCCCAAGGUGCUAA